AUGGAGGAUGGAGCCCGUCGUCGAGGUGGUUCCGAGAAGGACUCGGCGAACCCAGAAAAAUCAGAAGGAGGCGGUGUGGCACUCAAGAAAGAAAUUGGGCUGACAAGCGCCUGUGGCAUUAUCGUGGGUAACAUCAUUGGCUCAGGGAUCUUUGUUUCGCCGAAAGGCGUGUUGGAAAAUGCUGGCUCGGUAGGGCUGGCCCUGAUCGUGUGGAUUGUCACCGGCCUCAUCACAGCCGUGGGCGCUCUCUGCUACGCGGAACUGGGAGUCACCAUCCCCAAAUCUGGAGGCGACUAUUCCUAUGUCAAGGACAUCUUUGGGGGACUGGCUGGAUUCCUGCGGCUGUGGAUUGCUGUGCUGGUGAUCUACCCCACCAAUCAGGCUGUUAUUGCUCUCACCUUCUCAAACUACGUCCUACAGCCGCUCUUCCCCACCUGCCUUCCCCCUGAAACUGGACUGCGACUUAUGGCUGGGGUCUGUCUCUUGCUGCUGACUUGGGUGAACUGUGCCAGCGUGCGUUGGGCCACACGCGUCCAGGAUGUCUUCACGGCGGGCAAACUGCUGGCCCUGGGACUUAUCAUUAUUAUGGGAGUGGUGCAGAUUUGCAAAGGUGAAUAUUUCUGGCUGGAACCGCGGAAUGCCUUCGAGUUCUUCCAGACACCAGACGUGGGCUUGGUGGCACUGGCUUUCUUACAGGGCUCCUUCGCCUACGGGGGCUGGAACUUCCUUAACUAUGUCACCGAGGAGCUGGUUGACCCUUACAAGAACCUGCCUCGGGCCAUCUUCAUCUCCAUUCCCCUGGUCACCUUUGUGUAUGUCUUCGCCAAUGUGGCCUAUGUCACUGCCAUGUCACCCCAGGAAUUGCUGGCCUCCAAUGCUGUUGCAGUGACGUUUGGGGAGAAGCUGUUGGGAGUCAUGGCCUGGAUCAUGCCUAUCUCUGUUGCUCUUUCCACCUUUGGGGGAGUUAAUGGAUCACUCUUCACUUCUUCUAGACUCUUCUUUGCCGGAGCCCGGGAGGGCCACCUCCCUAGUGUACUGGCCAUGAUCCAUGUGCGACGCUGCACUCCUAUACCUGCCUUGCUCUUCACUUGCCUUUCAACCUUGCUGAUGCUGGUGACAAGUGACAUAUACACCCUGAUCAAUUACGUGGGAUUCAUCAACUACCUCUUCUAUGGAGUAACUGUGGCCGGGCAAGUCGUGCUACGCUGGCGGGAACCUCAUCGAGCCCGCCCCAUCAAGGUGAGCCUGUUCUUUCCCAUCAUUUACCUGCUGUUCUGGGCCUUUUUAUUGGUGUUCAGCCUAUGGUCAGAACCUGUGGUGUGUGGCAUUGGCCUGGCCAUCAUGCUGACGGGGGUGCCAGUCUACUUCCUGGGAGUGCACUGGGAACACAAGCCACCUGCCAUCAACACUUUCAUCGAUGCAGUGACCCGGGUGAGUCAGAAGCUUUGCGUGGUUGUCUACCCCCAAAUGGGCGGGGGAGAACCUGAAGGCAAUCUCAGCAAAGAAACCAAAGAACAGCUCGAGCCAAUGUGCAGGAUGGAAGACCUCAACAGCCCUCAGAACUGA